UAGUGCAUCUUUUCAUGGAACCAGGGGAUCUGGAAACUGUGGUACAUUCAUUGGUAACCUCACAACUCAACUUCUGCAACACAGUCUACAUGGGCUGCAACCCUGGUGCCUAGUCUGGAAACUUCAGUUAGUCCAAAAUAUAGAAGCCAGUCCCAUGUCGGCAUAAACGCUUUCCUUUGGAUGUUCAAAAACACUUUUGGGGAAGAAAAUUGCCCGAAGACCAAAGAGAUCACUUCACUCUUUCCAAGGCUCACGGUCAGGAUCAGAAAUGGAAGACCAAGAUCCAGGUGAAUCAGAAGCAGGAGCGGUCAAUGAAGAGGCAGAGGGUGGGACCGGUGGCAUCGAUAUCUGGGGCGAGCGAGUGCAGAAGAGACUCGGAGGGAACCAUGCAAGAUGGAACCAGCAGCAGGAGCUUUUCCAAGAGUUUUGCUACCAGGAGGCCGAGGGACCCAGCGAAGUCUGCAGCCGGAUCCACCACCUUUGCCACCGGUGGCUGAAGCCCGAGAAGCACACUAAGAAGCAGAUCCUGGACCUGGUGAUCCUUGAGCAAUUCCUCAAAGCCCUGCCUCCAGAGAUGGAGAGCUGGGUCAGGGACCAUGAACCAGAGACCAGCUCCCAGGCGGUGGCUUUGGCAGAAAGAUUUCUCAAGAGGCCGGUGGAAGAGAAGGAGCAGGAAGACUCCCAGACACAAGAGAAGGCAGCUGAAGCGGCCACUGAGUCACUUGAGGCAGAAGAAAUUCCAUCAGCGACCAGAGAAGACCCACCGGACGGAGGGCUUGAACAGGAGACUGACAGAGAUGAUGGAUCUCCAGGAAACAAAGCAUCGACUGGAGAUGCUCAACUGGCAGAUGUUCCAUCGCAACCAUCUUCUAUCCACCGGACGAUGGAUACAGCUACUGUGUUGUUCAGUCAGAAGAGGCAAAGUCCAACAACCGGGGAUCCGAUGGCUUCUAAGGAGCCGGCUUUGUCCACAAAGGAGCAGUUGGUUCCACUGGAUCUAAGCCUGAAAGCUGGACCUAAGGCAGCUCUGGAAAAGAUUCAGCCCCCUCCAGAAAAAGACAAGGAAGACCCUAAGCAUGAUGGCUCCAAGGAAGGGGAAGAAUCAACAGAUAGUUGCUCAGCUGGAUUGGAACACGUGGCAACAGGUGGUGGGAUGAAGAGCAGUAGAAAAGAUGAACAACCAAAAAGCAAAGCUGAUGAAAUGCAGGGAAAUAAAGUGGUCGCUUUAGAAGAGGCUGAUGUGAAUGAAAUCCCAACUGGAGACUCUCAUAAAGAACCUGAAAAAGAUAUUGUGGAGGAGGAGGAGUUACUGUUGGUAUGUUCUGAGUGUGGAAAGAGUUUCUCCCAGCUGAUGGAUCUUACAAAACAUGAAAGAAUUCACUCAGGAGGGGAAAACAUUAAUGGUGCGGAGCUCCCAAAGCAAUCUGCCCACAACCCAGACCCUAAUGCAGAUAAAGUAUUUGAUAUAAGCAAGUAUCCCUAUAAAUGUACAGUUUGUGGAAAGGCUUACAAGAAUAGCAUGAGGCUUAUCCUCCAUCAAAGGAAGCACGCAAAGCCCUGUAAAUGCGUAGAAUGUGGGAAAGCUUUCAGUGACAGGGAAGCCCUCAAAGCGCAUCAGAGAAUGUACAAAAGCAAGGGAACCGAUGAACACACGGAGUGUAGGGAAAGCUUUAGCCAGCAUGUAAGCCUUAACUCCCACAAAAAGAAACUCUAUACAUGUUUAGAGUGUGGAAAGAACUUCAAAACCAGGACACACCUGGAAGCACAUCAAAGAAUUCACACAAGCAAGAAGCUUUAUGAAUGUUUGGAGUGCAGAAAAAGCUUCCACCGAAUCACCGAGCGAAAUGCCCAUCAGCUUACUCACAAAGGCGAGAAGUCCUACAAAUGCCGACAGUGUGGAAAGAGUUUCACUCACCCUGCAAAUUUUAAGGUCCACCUAAGAAUCCAUGCAGGCGAGAAGCCCUACGACUGUCCCGAGUGCCAAAAGAGCUUCGCUGGCAGUAAAUACCUUGAAAUACAUCGAAGAACUCACAUGGGCAAGAAGCCACAUAAACCCUUUGACUGUGGGAACAGCUUCACCCAGAAGUCACAUCUUAAGCCACAUCCAAGAAUGCACACAGGGGAGAAGCCCUAUAAAUGUUUAGACUGCGGAAAGAGUUUCCGUCGCAGCACAGAAUAUGACAUUCAUCAAAAAGGCCAUUCAAGGAAGAUGCUGUAUAAAUGCCCCAAGUGUGGAAAGAGUUUCAGGCAUUUGAAAAGUCUGAAAACUCAUUGCAAGAAUGCACACUGUCACUCCUAGCAAUGUUUGGAAGCUUUUGAACUAGUUGGCAAACCCAAAGGGACAUGUAUACAUAAUUAGACCAGUGACACUUUAAUAAAAGAUUGAGAUGACAUUUUUUAAAAUUUGAUUUGAUUUAGACUCUUUCGCGCAAAUGGGACUCAAAGUGAAUAUAAGAGAAAACAAAACAGUGUGUACAGUGGGCCUCUUGGUAUCAGCUGGAGUUUGGUUCCAGGAGCUCGCCAUGGACAAAACCGCAAAAUCAAGGCUUGCUUUUUGGAAGGUGUUGAAUAUUUUAAAAAUGGAUGCUGAAUCCAUGGAUAUGGAGACGAGGCUGUAGAACAUUUGCAGCUCUGCAGCUUUGACGUUUGCAAAUUGGAUUAUUCUCUCUAGGAAUCUCUAGGUCCUCCAGUGCACCAGUGCAAAGUUGACCAUAGAGUUGCUCUGCAGGACCUAGAGAUUACAAGAGAAAACACUGCUCUAGCCAUCUGUAGAUGCUCCAGUGUGAUUCUGUGGUCAGCGUCUGGCUGAUGUUGACCAUAGAGUUGUGCUGGAAGCCCAAGAGAUUCCUACACAGGCGUUCUCUCAGGUUAAAAAAAUAGGGGCAAUUUAUUUGCAGUUUUUCCACAUCCAUGGAGGUCUUGUGCCCUUAGCCCCAGCGAAUGUGGAAGGCCCGCUGUACAAAACUUUAAAAGCAUGAAACCGGGGUUUGCAACCUGGGGUGCCUAGACCUCCAGGAGGUUCAAGUUGGAAUUUUAGGGGUGUAACAAAAAUACCUGUAUUAAUAUGGAUUCCAUUUUCUUUCAUCAAUCGAGACAAAAUCUAGAAAUCCUGAAUCUAUAGGCAGACCUGCAAAUCUCAGUCAGCAUAGUAAAAACUGCAUUACCUAAGGCUUGUCUCUCUGCUUCAAUUAGUUCAGGGUAAAGUCCUGUUUAAAUGGGAAAGUCAGCCUACUGGUGAAAAGACAGGAGGAAGGUUCAUAAAGGGGAAUAGGGGCUUUCUGAUAUUCUGGACUUAAAAUGUAUAGGGCUUUGUAGGUCAGAACCAGCACUUUGAUUUGUACCUGGAAGUGGACCAGUAACCAGUGGCGCGGUUUUGGCAAAGGGAUUAUACAUUCCCUAUAUCCAGCCUCGCUCAGUGUGCAUAUGUACCUUCAGGUCAUCUGCCGAUUUGUGGUGACCCAUGAAUUUCAUAGGGGUUUCUUAGGCAAGGAAUCCUUAAGAGGUGUUUUUCCCGAUUCUUUCCUCUGAAAUAGAGCCUAAGGCACUGGCCAUACUUUGGCAGUCUCACAUCCAAGGCCCAUCCAGGACUGACCCUGCUUAACUUUCAAGAUCAGAUGGGAUCUGAUUCCAUUUGGAUAUUACAUUCCUCAGCAGUCUAGUCAUGGCAUUUUCAAGCUGCUGAGGUUUCCAAGCAGUUUCCAAAGGAAGUCCAAUGCAGAGCGUGUUAUGGUCAUCCAACUAGGAUGUAAUGAAAUCAUGCGUUACUGUGGCCAGAGCAGUCAUCUUCAGGAAUGGGGGCAGCUGGCACUCACCAAAACAGGGCCCUCAAAGCUUAAGGGGUGAGGUCACAUCUAUGCCCAAAUGAAACCUGAGAUUUCAGGGGGAGCGUGACCCCCAUCCAGCACAGGAUGAAACCCUGUUCCCCUAAAACCUGUCUUGCAACUGACCAGAAACAUCUCUGCCAUGUCUGGACUGAGUUUCAUAGAAUCAUAGAGUUGGAAGAGACCCCAAGGGCCAUCCAGUCCAACCCCCUUCUGCCAUG